AUGUUCCACCAACUAGGCCGAGGGGCACCGGGACGGGGACGAAGUGCAGGAGGGAGAGGUGGCAGAGGCUUCCGUCAUCAUUUGUACAACUUCCACCAUACGCAUCCUCGCUUCCGCCCAUUUCACCAGUCACACGACACAACCAGUUUCACGCCCGCGGUCGACGUCUUCAUCACAGCUACCCAAAUAGUCAUCCACGCCUCGCUUCCGGGAGCCCACAAGUCGGAUUUGAGUAUCGGGUAUGAUGCAUCGCGUUCUAUGCUCCGCAUGGCUGGUGUUGUGCACCGUCCCGGUGUUGAUGAGGAGAUGUAUCGGGCUUUGCUGGUUGGGGAGAGAGCGCAUCAAUUGGGGACGUUUGAAAGGGAGGUGCCGAUCUCCCAUAACGUUGCGGUUGAGGGGGUUCAGGCUCGACUGGUUGAUGGGGUUCUGAGGGUUUCACUUCCUAGGGUUGAGGCGGAAGUUCAACAACACAACGAGGAGAUGGUGGAGGUGGAAAAGGAAGGUGCAAGAGAGGAAUCGUGGAUUUCAGGUGGGUCUAACAUUGAGGGAAACGAGAAAGAAGAACAUGAGGAUGCGGCAGAGGAAGUCGAGCAAGAGUAUGUGAAGGUGGAUAUUCAGUGA